CGACUGCCAGUUCAAAGCAACGGCAGAAAAAGAAGAGGGAAGAUAGCAGCAAAUCGUACUUUUGCUACUACCCUGACGCGAACGUGAAGAAGUGGGUGAUAAAAACUUGAACCUUUUCUCCUCCCCAGUACAAUAGUGCAAAACUGCGUGCAAACACAACAGUGAAAUUCCGACGGUGCGAAAACGUCCGCACAGUGUACGUGCGAGUGAUAGUCGAGAACGAGUAUUGGUCGAGGAAAUAAGCGUAGCACUCUCCCCUCGCAGAAAUACGAUGGAAGCCCUCAUUCCGGUGGUUAAUAAGCUGCAGGAUGUUUUCAACACCGUAGGCUCUGAUGCCAUCCAGCUGCCACAGAUAGUCGUCCUUGGCAGCCAGAGUUCUGGCAAAAGUUCGGUGAUAGAAAGUCUGGUCGGUCGAACGUUUCUUCCGCGUGGAACCGGCAUCGUAACGCGUCGCCCACUGGUCCUGCAGCUCGUCUACACUCCGCUCGAUGACCGUGAGCACCGUUCGGCGGAACAUGGCACGGUCGCUGUGGAGGAGUGGGGCCGGUUCCUGCACAUCAAAAACAAAGUGUUUACCGACUUCAACGACAUUCGCGAGGAGAUUGAAAAUGAAACGGACCGGAUGGCGGGUGCCAACAAGGGCAUCUGUCCGGAGCCGAUCAAUCUGAAGAUUUACUCGACAAAGGUGGUGAAUCUGACGCUGGUCGAUUUGCCCGGCAUUACCAAGGUGCCGGUCGGCGAUCAGCCGGAAGAUAUUGAAGCGCAGAUAAAGGAUCUGGUGCUGAAAUACAUCGAGAACCCGAACUCGAUCAUACUGGCUGUGACGGCGGCAAACACCGAUAUGGCAACGAGUGAGGCGCUCAAGAUGGCUAAGGACGUCGAUCCGGACGGUCGCCGUACGUUGGCGGUGCUGACAAAGCUCGAUCUGAUGGACGCCGGCACGGAUGCGAUCGACAUUCUGUGCGGACGCGUGAUCCCGGUCAAGCUGGGCAUCAUCGGUGUGAUGAACCGCUCGCAGCAAGAUAUAUUGGACAAGAAGGCGAUCGAAGAUCAGCUGCGGGAUGAGGCGGCAUAUCUGCAGCGCAAGUAUCCGACGCUGGCCACGCGCAACGGUACACCGUACCUGGCGAAAACGCUGAACCGUUUGCUGAUGCACCACAUCCGCGACUGUCUGCCCGAUCUCAAGACGCGCGUUAAUGUGAUGGCAUCCCAGUUUCAGUCGUUGCUGAACUCGUACGGCGAGGAUGUUACCGAUAAGAGCCAGUGCCUGCUGCAGAUCAUUACGAAGUUUGCGUCGGCCUACUGCUCCACGAUCGAGGGCACAUCGCGCAACAUUGAAACGACCGAGCUGUGUGGUGGUGCCAGGAUUUGUUACAUUUUCCACGAAACGUUCGGCAAAACGCUGGACUCCAUUCACCCACUGACCGGGCUGACCAAGAUGGACAUUUUGACCGCGAUCCGGAAUGCGACCGGUCCACGGCCGGCCCUGUUCGUGCCCGAGGUAAGCUUCGAGCUGUUGGUGAAGCGUCAAAUACGUCGUCUCGAAGAUCCGUCCCUACGGUGCGUGGAGCUGAUCCACGAGGAGAUGCAGCGCAUCAUUCAGCACUGCGGCACGGAGGUGCAGCAGGAGAUGCUGCGGUUCCCGAAGCUGCAUGAAAAGAUUGUCGAUGUGGUGACGCAGCUGUUGCGCCGCCGGUUGCCCACCACCAACUGCAUGGUGGAGAAUCUGGUGCAGAUCGAGCUGGCGUACAUCAACACCAAGCAUCCGGACUUUCACAAGGAUGCGGCCCUGGUACCGAGCCUGAUCAAAACCGACUCGCAGGAUCAGUGGGCCGGACACCAGCCGGGCAAUCCGCCGAGUCGGCGACCGGGCUCGAACAGACAGCUCGCGUUGGUGGAUAAGACGGGCAUGCUGAACUUAAAUCAUGAUGCAAACCAGCAGCAGCAGCAGCAGCAGCAACAACAGCAGCAGCAUCACCAAAACCAUGGGGGCGAGCAGCCGGGUGGAUGGUUGGGAAGCAUUUUGCCACCGAACAUGGAAGCCAUGAUUGGGGCCGGGGUUGGCGGACCGGGCAGUGAAAGUGGCAACAGUACGGCCAGCAACACACCGACACACGGUGUGCUUAGCCCAUCCAAACCGGUCAAUCUGCUGCCGGACGUCCCCAUGAACCAUUCGUCCCGCAAGCUGACCGACAAGGAGCAGAAGGAUUGUGAUGUUAUCGAACGCUUGAUCAAAUCGUACUUCUACAUCGUGCGGAAAUCGAUUCAAGAUUCCGUACCGAAGGCCAUUAUGCAUUUCUUAGUCAACUUCGUCAAGGACAACCUGCAGUCGGAGCUGGUGACGCAUCUGUACAAAUCCGACUCGGCCAACGAGCUGCUGAACGAGUCGGAUCACAUCUCGAUCCGGCGCAAGGAAGCGAGCGAUAUGUUGAAGGCACUGACCCGCGCCAAUCACAUCAUAAGCGAAAUCCGAGAGACACACAUGUGGUAAGCGUCGCCAAUCAAUGCUAUUUAUUCUCGCACACCAAAUACACAACGGGGCCCCCAUAGAUGGAUGGACCAUCACGAUGAUGUUGGUCGCGUUUCCGGUGCUGGAAAAUAGGAGUGUGAUACCGUUAAAUUACCUUUAGAGCCAUGCUUGGUCGUGUUGCUCGCAAGGAGCGGGCGCGCAGUACAUUUCUAACAAUGGCAGUUGUUCAGCAUCGUGCAUCGUCGUUGUACUUCGAACCGUUUCGUUUCCUUCAGUCGCAUAACAUCUUUUCACGCAUGGCCAUACAAUGAAUGUCGAACGGAUCAAUCCACUUCAUCUCGAGUCGGCAAAACGAGAUUCGACGACAAAAACAAAACAAAUCAUUCUUCACGAGAAAUGUUAAACUAUUCACUACUUUUUGCUAAACAAAUAAUUAUUAUACCAAACGUGUCGUGUGCGCGAACGAUCCCUAAAUUAGAGGUGAGCAAAUGAAAGAAGAUAAGGGUAAUAUUAAACACACACACAUACUUACGCAUACAUAUGCAUUCGAUUUGGGAGGAUGACACCGUUCUGUUGACAAAUUCGCGGUGCGAGCGUUAGAGCGAAAUGAAGAAAUAACCACCUCCCCCCCCCACAUGCACUUUUUUAUCCGCUGUUCCUUAUCGGGCUUUCGCCUAUCCCCUCUAUCCCUCCCUUCCAUGUUUUGUGCGAUGCAACAGUGUAGAGGAAUGGCAAGCGAACACAAACCAAAAUGUGGUGCAGUUUUGCGAAAAAAUGACGGAAAUGCUUUUACUAGUCCAGACACACCAUCCGGAUGCUUUUCUUAGUGUUAUGUAGGUAGGUGUGCGUGCGAAGGCCACACGAGGGUGCAGCGAAAUAGAAUCCAUUCCUACCCAGCUCGAAACCGCCCCAUUAGGAGAGGGAGGGGCCCAUUCCCUGCUUCGGUUUCUGCUCCGAAAGCAUCGCUCUCUCGAGAUUAGGACCCGCGUUUUGUUUCCCGCUCAAAAUCUCACUUGCGCCCGGAAGCUUUCUGUGGCAGUUCAGCACAAGUUUGAAAAAUUCUAGUUAGCAAAUACGUUGUGACGGUGCGUGCAUAGAGAACCCCCUAUGCCCCAUAGCCCCAAAACCGGGUGGGCUAAAAUUGCAUUUGUUUCGUAUGAAUAUAGUGUUUGUUUUUCGCCUAGAAACUGUGGCUGUAGUUGUAGCCUUUUUCAUUGUGAUUGUGGAGGUUCGGUUCGUUUGCUUAACCGCUGAUGGAGGAAAACACAUCAAAAGACAGUUUGCUGGUUUUGUGAGACGUGUUUGUACUGUAAAACAAGUGCUAAAACCGAACAGAAUAAUACAAAACCCACUAUUGUAUCUUUUUCUACCCCCUUA